AUGCCUAAGCGCAAUAACAGACUCGUCGGGGCCCAUUCGGAGGGUGCGACAUCAAUCAAUGAGGUCAGCGCGAACACACAGACAAGCAAUGAGAAAGCGAGACCGCAAUCCGGUCCAUGGAACAGCUCACAGAAAGAGUCACUCUCCUCCGGUGCUUGUUUGAUCUCCAAGAUUAGGAGAGGCAAGGUCAAGCUACUCUCGAAGUUGGGGCUAUGGAACUCCGGCGACACAGAAGAGACUGACACCACAUCGAGCAGUCCCCUUGACCUCAAUAGCUUAUGCUCUACCACCGCGUCUCAACGAGAUGCUGACGACGAACGUACCGACAACGUCUCAAAUUGCUUCUGCCCAUCGUCAAACGAUUUCCCAACCACGAUUGAGUUUCAUCAACAGCCCAUCUCGACGCCAGGCGCGGACAGCUUGGUCUCGGAGAGUUUUGAGUUGGCGCAAGUGGCUUUCGAGAAUGAGUUCUACAUGCAUUCCAAUGUCGAUCGACCGAGUCGUAUACCGGUUUUGGCUCGUCGGUUAUCGCAGAAGUUGUCUAUAUUCGGACCGUCGACUGUUAUUCGCCGUACAAAGACCAAAGCAAGGCCAGGAAGUCAUGUUUAUAGUGAUGAUGCAACGGACAUCAAAUCUCAUCGUUGGUUUCUCGAUCAUUCCUGGAACGAUAUGCUUCUUCGUCGGCCGCCUUAUGUACCGGAGGAACGGUGCUGGGAAGACAUCAGGCUCACUGAUACAAACCCGGGCAACAUCCAAGAGAAGCAGCAAUCAAAUGAUGUUCAUUCACCCCCCGUGCCCGAUCCAUUGACACCGGAAUACCAGAACAUGCUCGAGCAAGAAGCUUUCAAGCAAGAAAUCGAUAACCACGUAAGCAAAAAGCGAAAACACAAGGAGAGGAAACGAGCGCGCGACAAAAUUCUCCGCGAUGCAGUUGCAGGACCUACGGCGCUGGAUGUUAGAACGAAAGGUGCUUUUGUGGGUUAUACCUGGCGUCGACCGAAAUCCGUCAGGGAUGUUCUCGAGAUAGAGCGUGGGAGGAGUUUGGUCUGGUGA